AUGUUGUUCAUGCGCGUGGGUUCGCUUCUUAUCCUCGCGGCAGGAUGGGCAGAUGCCGUAUCCAUCUCCUCUCAAGCCAAUCCAGUAGCCUUAGCCAAGGCGUUGUUUGGUCCGGGCAUUACCGUCCAGUCAGCAGUCUAUAAGGGCAACUCCUUGGCGGCUGGCACGUUUACCAACGGCCCUUCCUCAGAUCUCAGCAGCGGCAUUAUCCUCUCUUCUGGAGAUGCUAGGUCUCCCCAAACCUUGAUAGCCAAGGGCAAUACUCGCUUUGGUUUAUCAGGAAAUGAGCGAUGCACUAGUCUUGCAGGGACCACCGCCCGGGAUCCGGCCGUUUUGAGUGCCGUGGUCAAACUCGAUGCCGGCCUGACUGGCUUCUCGGCUUAUUACCAAUUUGCAACACAAGAGUACCCCGAGUAUGUCGGGUCCAGCUUCAACGACGUCAUGUAUAUCUUGGUGGAUGGAGAACAGAUUGCCGAGGACGCUACCGGGGAUCCAAUUACUCUGAACGGGCCCUUUUUCCGAGGCUCCAACGUUCUCCUACCAGCCGCCUCGGGCAAUGCCCUCAAGGGCUCUACUCCAGUCUUGAAGUCCAAUCAGAAGGCCGACCCAGCCGGUACGCACACGAUCGAAAUAGGCGUCUGCGAUGCUGGCGACGAUGCUCUCGACAGCGCUGCAUUUGUCCGUAUCAUCGCAUGCACUCAGGCCUGUGCAUCGGGAACAGUCAACCUUGGUUGCGAAUCGCGGGGUGGUGAUACCGACGGUGACGGAAUUUGCGAUGAUGUGGACAACUGUCCCUUUGUAAGCAAUCCCGGGCAGGAAAACUCGAUUGGAAAUGGUGUCGGCGAUGCAUGUCGUCCGCAGCCGGAGCCGGAGCCAAAGGAGCAAGUCGGGCCUGAAAAUGGAGCGACUGUUACGGAUGGGACUGGCAUUGCCGAAGUCAUACCUGAGGCUGAACUAGAAGAGGGAGUUAAGCCUGAAAAUGGGAUGACUCUUGGGGAGCAAACUGGCGUUACUGAAGUCGACUCUUUGGUUGAAUUAGAGGGAGUUAAGCCCGAGAAUGGAGCAACUCUUGGAGAGGAGACUGGUAUUGCUGAAGUUGACUCUCUGGCUGAGUCAGUGGAAGUUAAGCCUGAAAAUGGAACAACUCUCAAGGAUCAGACUGGAAUUGCCCAAGCCAUACCUGUGGCUGAACUGGAAGAGGAAUUUAAGCCCGAAAAUGAAGCAACUCUUGGGGAGGGGACUGGCGUUACUGAAGUCGACUCUUUGGUUGAAUUAGAGGGAGUUAAGCCCGAAAAUGAAGCAACUCUUGGGGAGGGGACUGGUAUUGCUGAAGUUGACUCUUUGGCUGAGUCAGUGGAAGUCAAGCCUGAAAAUGGAACAACUCUCAAGGAUCAGACUGGCAUUGCCCAAGUCAAUCCUGUGGCUGAACUCGAGAAGGAAGUCGGGUCCGAAAACGGAGUGUCCCUUGAGAAGAUUGACCCUAAGAAAGAAGGCGACUUUAAGGUUGAUCCAGGGGAGAAGAUCAAUCCCAAGCCUGAGUUUGGGCCUGAUGUCCCACCAGAAGCAACGCCGCCCCCAAGGCCCUCAAAAUUGGAUUCGAAUGACAGUCCGGGAGAUUUUAUCAUCACGAGCGGUGUGAAUAGUAAUCUUGUCUUGCCUCCAUCACAAACCCUCGAAGCUUCUUUCAGCAGGAGCGGUCCGAAUCCUAAUCUUGUCACGCCCCCAUCAGCUCCACCACCAACCCCCGAAGCUCUGCUUGAUACUGUCAAGUCCGAAGCUCACAUAGCUCAAGGACUUAUGUUGGGUGAUUCAGUUGUUCACUCUUCAGGGCUUGGAGCAUUUACUGGCGUGGACAGUGCAGGAAGAGUGAAGGAUGCAGGGAUAACAGGCAGCGGUAGUGAAGCUAAGCUACUUGCUACCGGUGUCGAUGUGGCUCCCAUCGCCUGCACGGCCAAAUACGGAGGACUUACCACUGAUGGAGCACUCUAUGCAAUCGACUGUCAUUCCUGUGAAAGACAUCUAUCCUAUUCUACGAGCGCUCCCGCGGCGCAGUCACAAACUUGUUUACAAGAGAGCAAAAGCUUUACAACUUUAACUACAGGAAAUAAGUUGAUAGUGCUGGAGCCUAGUCCGGUAUACUACUAUACCUUAACAACGAAUGAUCAAACCACAUAUCCUGCCGUUACGACCCGCGAGGGUAUGGCCCAAGAGACCAAAGGGGCCGUGGGCGAGAUCAACAUGCCGAACCCUACAGGAUAUGCAGAAGUUCUCCCACACGGCCCAGCUCCCGUUAUAACAAAGGUACCGAGUGAAUUAACUAGUGAACUUCCUAGGAUCUCAUCCUUCAAGCUUACUCCUCUACUAGGAGUCCAUCCGAGGAACGUUGCGGCCCUUCCAGCCUUACCACGCGAGUUCAUGCCCCAGCUUGCUGCCUCGAACCCGGCAGGCGACUGGACAGCCUCCUCAGUUGACCAUCCCCGGACUAUCAUCCCGGUUUUUUAG